UUGUCGAAGUUGAACGCGUUAAAACGCGGUCGCGCGUAAAUUCACCAAAUUACAAAAGAAAAGCUUAUACUAUAUACCCAUACACAUGUGUGUGUAUAUGUGUGAUACAUAAAUAAAACUAAUUGUUUAACAAUAAAGUGUGUGCGAAAACAACAAAAACUUGGAAAUUCAAUUGCAAAAGAGAAAUAAAUCUAUAUGUAUGUAUGUAUAUACGAGUAUGUGAAUUCCGAAAAAAUUUCGAUUGAUUUCGUUCGAUUUUGUGCAGAAGAAAAAAGUCGAUCUUAAUUAAAAUUACAUAUAAAUGCAAAAAGAACAAGUCAGCAAGUGCAGAAGUGAUGAAGUGGAAAAACAACGAUAACAACUACUUACAUACAUACAAACAUGUAUAUACAUAAAUAAAUAUUGCUUGUGUAUGUAUACAAAAAACAGCUGUGAUUGAGUUUUGUUAUUAAUUUUGACGUUUGCGCUUGUGUUUGUGUGUGACUGUGUGUGAUUAAAAAGUUUUUAGAAAAAUAAUCGCAAAAUAAUUGAAACAAAGAAAAUUGAAACGUGUAUAGUAGGCAAUAUAAAAUAAUAUACAGUGAACAUUGUAUAACAGCAGUGCCAACAACAACAAAUAUCAAACAGGUUUUAACAGAAAAAUUAAAAAAAGAAACUUUAAAAUCAAAUAAAAAGUGUUUAAAAAUAGCUGAAACCAAGGAAGCUGAAAGAAAAAAUAUAAAAAGCAAAAAGUUUCAAACAACAGUGUUCGUUUCAGCACAUCAUUUCAUAAGAAGAAGUACAUAAGUAGAGGUGAAAGAGUGUAGAGAAAAACAAGGAAGUAUUUGACAAACAGCCGAAACUAUAAACGGCGCAUAAAAUAAUAAUAAAAACUACAAAAAUUCAACGAAAAACCGGCAGCAGUGAACCGGCAGCAGUGAACCGGCUUGAGCUCAUCACACUCACCAACACAGCAAUCGACCUUUCUACCCAUCUCCCUUAUUAUCUAAUUCUUUAGCCGGUACCGAAGCAACGUAGAAUAACAAACGAUAAGUGAUUUUGUGUGUUCCCGCGAACUUCGCACGCAUUUUAGCGUGACUCCAUUUGAAAGGUCCAGCAAACUCGGUUUGACCGCGUUAUUCGAGCACAAAAUUUGCAGCAGGGACAGCGAGACAAGAAGUGGUGUGCGCAAGGCCAGCAGGCCUAAAAGCCUGGCCAGCGUUGUUUUUUUCUUCUUAUUGCACGGCGUUUGUGGGAAAAGCUCAAUCUCUACUAGGAGCCGGUUAUUAGCCACCACAGGCCGCGGCGUCGGCGCCAACGCCAUUAAUUAACAGCCAACCACAGCCGACAACAAAGGCUUUACAUUAGUCGUCUCGCACAUAUCGUCUAAUAGCCGAGUAGCAGUGUGUGUCGCUACAAAUCGACGCACCAGCAAUAAUACUACAACAACAGUAGCAGCAACAGCAGCAGCGCAGCGUCCUAGUGACCGCAAUCUAUGCACCGGCUGCCGCAACAGUGUCAGCACUUGUCGUAAAAUGACCGAGAAUCAAUUAUUUUCCAUGUCGACCGAUCUAUUCGACACCUCGUCCAACAGCAGCAAUCCACUAAAGUGUGAUAUCUUCUCGUUGGCGCUGAGCAACAGCAACACUUCCAGUCUACUCUUCGGCACAUCGACGCUGCCCGCACUUAGCCCAUUGCAGCAGCUGAAUGUGAAUACCGUUUUCAAUACAAAUUCCAACUCCAGUCCCAAUUCCAAUUCCAAUUACCUUUCGAAUACAAAUUCGAACGCCAACACACCAAACGACCAACAACACCAACAUCAACAGCAACAGUCGCAGCACACAUUCACCAGUGUCGGCGGCAACAGCGUUGGUAGUAGUGUUGGUGGCGGCAGCAUCAGCGGUAGCAGUAAUGUGAUGCUGACCAACGCCAUAAGCAUACCGCGCAGUAAUAAUCCAAAUCAGAGUCAUAAUCCCUGGACGCAAGAACGAGAUUCGCAUCAUCAUCCCAGCCCAAGUCCCUUGCAGCAUCAUCCCCAUCAUCUCAAUAGCCAUAAUCACAACCAAAUCUCUUCCAUGAUGUCUGCACAACAACAACAACAAAAUAACCAACAGCAACAGCACCAACAACAACACCAGCUGCAACAACAAUCGUUGCAGCACUCACAGCCUCGUCUCUUUGUCGAUUUCUCCGACUACGGUUUGGAUGUCGCCUCGCUGGACGCUGCCUCGUUGUCGCCAACGCUGCUGCAAGAUGUCAGCUUGGGCGCUGCUUCGCCACUGCACGGCAUCACGUCCAACGGUUUUUAUGCGGCCGACGCCUCGCCGGUCAGCAACAGCGGCAGCAAUAGCAUAGUUGGCAGCGUUGGUACCGUGGACUCGGCCAGCACGCUGCUGGGUCUGAAUGAUAGCAUACGCUCCGGUGAUGAUGGCAACAAUUCGUUGCUGUUCGAUGUCACCGGCACGCCCAACUCGAGCGCGAUGUGGAGUGACAUCAGCAAUGCUAUCAUAACCAAACAUGAACCAUUUACAUUGGAGGAGGACUAUAUUUUUCCCAUAGAUAAGGCUGAGAUACAGGCUGCCGGUUUCGGUGAUAUACCCGAUGAACACUUCCUCGAUGUGAUCGAUAAUUUUGAUGAGCUCUUGAACAGCGGUGCUGGACAGAAUGACUUCAUUCUAUCGCCUCAACAGAAUAAUAGCUCAAACAAUUUGCAGCAAUUGAAUAGUCCACAGGCCUCGCCUAGUGGUGCACCACCAAUGGAGUUGUUGCAGAUGCAUAAGCAACAACAGCAGCAACAGCAACAACAAUUGACACAACUGCAAACGGCUCAGCAGCAGCAGCAGCAACAUCAACAGCAGCAGUCGCAGCAGCAACAACAACAACCACGUAUACAGCACAGCAACAGUGCUGGUGGCGCCAUACACACACACCAUAACCACCACAAUUCGUCUAGUCCAUAUGAAAUCUACCAUAGCACACCGAAUAAGCAGCAGCAGCAACAUCAGUUAAGCAGUUCGGGCUCGAACUCAUUCUCUCCGGGCAGUCAGGCCUCGCAUUCGCCACUUCAGUUGAAUUCCAUUACGCCACCACCACCGCCGCAUGGUAAUCGCUCACAAAGCUUGCAGGUGAAGUCGCGCAACAUGUUGGAAUUGCAGAAGAAGGGAUUCUCCAUGUCGCCCGAUCGUGUCAAUGGCAGUGCCGGUUUGUUGGGUCAGUCGGUGCCGGGAAAUAGUCACUUGCUGCUCUCUGGUAAUGCGCUCAGCCCCAGUAGCGGUGGCAGUAGUAGCGGUUUCGGCAGCACCACUGGCGGUGGCAGCAGCACUGGUGGUUCGGUACGCAAAUCGUUCCAAUAUCCUAGUGAUACAUCCAUAUCGCGUCUGUCCUCAUCGGCGCCCACACAUCUCGGACUCGAACACAUUUGGAUGCGACGUGAACCGCGACAGCAUUUGCUGUCCACUGGCUCGCUGGCCGAGGCUGAAUCGUUCUCGUCGCUUAGCACCGGCAGCGUGUUGUCGCCGGAUGGUAUUGAUUUCUCGCAGGACGAUGAUGACGAUGCGUCGACAGACUACAACAGCGAUAAUUAUGAUGACCUAUCCAGCGAUGGUUCUGAUAAUGAGGACGACUCGCGCACCACCAUUUCCGGCCACAUGUCAGGCGGUAAAGGCAAAGAGCGCUACUUUUGGCAGUACAAUGUGCAAGCUAAGGGGCCCAAGGGCAAACGGCUUGUAUUCCAGUCACGUCUCGAGGAUCCGCACGUCUUGAACGAGGCCACCGAUCCGGUGUUCAGCCCUAAUUGUUCCGUGCGUGGUAUCAAGGUAUUCAAACACAGCGGCAAGGCGCGCAAGGGUGAUGGUAAUGAUCUUACGCCGAAUCCACGCAAAUUGCACGUCAUCGGCAAGGAGCUGGACAAGUUGGGUCGUACCAUCAACGACAUGACACCCGUGUCCGAGUUGCCCUUCAAUGUGCGUCCGAAAUCGCGCAAAGAGAAAAAUAAGUUGGCCUCACGCGCUUGCCGGCUCAAAAAGAAGGCUCAGCACGAGGCGAACAAAAUCAAACUUUUUGGACUGGAAAUUGAACACAAACGUUUAAUUAAUGGCAUUUUCGAACUGAAACAAGCGUUGGCGCUCAAAUAUCAAAAUCAAAAUAAUGUCGAGCACACUGAAGCGAUUAAUCAGCGCAUCGAACAGAUCUACAAAACGGCACAAACUGGUCUGCGUAUAGCUGGCGAUACCACUGACUUCGUGAACAAAGUGCUGGAGAAUGUGAAGAGCGGCGUACCAAACGGCGGUCUCGAGGAUCUAAAACACUCAUAGAAGCGUGAGAAACGAGAAGUGAAAAAUCGAAGAUGUGAAUAGCUAUUAAGGAUAAAUAUUGGAGGCUCAAAAGUGAAAAUGAAAGGCGAUAUGAUGAAGAGUGAGGAGAGUAAAAACGAAAGCAAGCAUAUUGUAAUGACAACUGUAGCCGAGGAGUAGAAGAGUUAACAGUUGCACACAAACAACGGUGAAAGUGAAGUGUGAAUGCUUACCGGCGAAAGAAGUGAAGAAUUUACGGCGGUUACGGAAAAAUUGUGUUACAAAGAAGAUUAUCAGCUGGUAGAGCAUAACUGAUAACAAGGAAUACGCAGAAAGCAUGUUUUUAUGUAAAAAAGUUGUUAAAUGUAAACGAAAGAGGCCACAGUUAUAUAAAUACAUAUAUAUUUACAUAUAUAUAUAACCUAGCUUUUAAGUGCUAAUGUUAUGCGGUGAAAAGUAAUGGUUAAUGAGCGGAUGUAAAACAAUAUAAGCGGUUGUUGUUGCUGUCUGGCGCGUUAUAUAAUUAAAUAUGAGCCACACAUGCAAACAUACUUAUAUAUAUACUAUAUAACUACAUGGAAGCAUAUAUAUAAAUGUUCUUGUUGGCUUACAAACUAACGUUAUGUUUAUAUACAUACAUAUGUAUAAAUGCCUAGACUUUAAGGAUUUUUUAAGUUUUGCUUUCACGUGCAAAUGAUUGCAGAAAUUUUUAACACACAUACCUAUAUAUACAAACAAACAUACAUAUAUGUAUAUAUAUAGAAAUAAACUACUAUUUUCGAUAUAAAAAUUUAGUGAGUUAGGCAUGGAAGUAUGAAUUCAAGCUAGUGAUAAGCAAAGAAACGUAAGAAAUUUGUUGCAAACACACGCACACACAUUUAACAAUGUGUUGGUGCACUUUUAGGCGCCUGAACGUCAACGAAACCAAUUGUGCAGUGGCGCCGUGAAAGCGCACUCAAACGCAUGCGCUGCUAUGAGCCGUGCACUUAGUUGUUAAAACAUAUUUUUAAAUACAUAAAUACACAUAUACGUACAUAUGUACACAUUAUAUAUAUAUAUAUAUAGCAUGUUAUAUAUUAAGCGUUUUUUUCUAAUAAUCGUUGUAUUUUAUAAAUGAAACACACACACACAUAUUAUCAUUAACAAAUAUAAUGAAUUAUUUGAUGAAAAAUUUUUAAGUUUAGUUUGGCUGCUACUGUUUUGCGUUUAAGUUUUUUGUUUGUACCAUAAACACACGCAUACACACGCAUGUAUGCGACGCCGUGUGUGAAAAACAGCAGAAAUGCCGAAAGUAAUGUAAAAAAAACUUUUUUGAAAAUAUUGCGCAAAAUGCAUAAUUUCUUAGCUUUUAUUUAUUGUGUUUCAUUUUUCAAUGAAUAAAUAUUUUUGUUAUGUAAUUUAGCGCUCAUUUCAGCUAUGAGUGUAUUUUUAUGCAUUAAUAGUUGUGUUUUGAACAUUAUGUUGCUUGAUUUUAUUGAGAAAAAAUUUCGAUUUUGUUGCGAAAAAAUCUUGAUUUUGUUGAAAACACCUACAUGUACCUUAAUUUUUAUUACACGCAACUUGUAGCGAACUUAAACACGAACGCACGAUGCAAAGCCGAAAAACUCUUGCUAAGAGAGUUGGUUUUUUUUUUAAUAAAUAUGCAGAUAUAUUAAUAUUAAAAAUUUAUUAUAACAAUGCUACCUUCAUAAUUUAAUAAAAACUUGCAUUACAAAUAUGCAUGUUAAUUACCAAAAAAAAUUUUUUUUAAAUAAUAAAUAAGCAAAAAUAUUGAAAAAUGCAAACAAGCCAUUUACCGUUGAAUAUGCACAUCGUCAACUAAAAUGCAAAACAACGUAUCAUGAAAAAAUAGCAAUUGAGUUUUUUAUAGCUCACAAUGCCAUUUUCAGCUUACGCUGUCAAAUAUAACCAAUACAUAACCAUUUUAUAACCAAUACAUAACCAUUUUAUAACCAAUAUAUAACCAUUUCAUAACCAAUAUAUACCCACUUUAUAACCGAAACUCAAAUUUUGUUUCAAUUUGAGUGGUUUCUAUUGCAUCAUGUAUCAUAAAAUUUUAACUUCUCACUGUCAGAUAUAACCAAUAUAUAACCAUAACUUAUAUAACAAAAACUCAAAUUUUGCUUCAAUGUGAGUGGUUACUAUUACAUCGUUUUUCCUUCGCCUGCCAACUUUUGAAAAGUGUUGUUACGUUAUUUUGCAUUUUAAGUGACGUUAUGUAAUUGUUUGCAUUAUAUAAUUAUGGGUAUUUGGUUGCUUUAGUUUAUACGUAACUAGCAGUUAAUUGUAAAUGCACCUAUACAAACACGCAUACAUAUUUACAUAUAUAUAAAACAUGUAUACAUAAUAUACAAAUGCUAUAAUUAACUAUAAGUUUUAUGAACUUCAACAUAUACAGGGUGAUAUAAUUCUAAUUAUGCUAAUUAAUUUUACAAUUAUUUUCUUUAAACAUACAUAUAUACAUACUUCGAAAAUAAAUAAUAAUAAAGAAAAAAUUAUGCCUAAUUUUAAUGAAAUAUUAAUUUUAAUUAAAUAUUAUUUAUAAGUUUUAUUUACAAGCUGAUACUGGCUGAGUUCUGCUUAAUUUAAUGUAAUUUAAAAGUUUUAAAAUUUAUACAUAUUUUACAUAAGCACACAUAAAUAGCGACAAGUGCGCAUCUGCUGUAAAUCUUGCAUUGAAAAACAACAACAAUUUUGUUUAAUUAACGCAAUUGCUUUCAAUUAAAUGUGAAUUAAAUUAUAGCAAGCGUUUAGCAGCAAACAAAAAAGGGAAAUAAACAAAUAUACGAAGACGACAAACAAAUAUAUUGCAAUACGGCACAUACAAAAAAAGAAAAAAGAAAAGUAAAUAACAAAAACAAAAACAAAACAAAUAAAUACAAGCAGCAAAAAUUGUCAGUGAAAAUUAGCAAAUAUUGCGAAAUACUUUAUUGUCUUUUAUGAAAAGUUACUUUUAUAACUAAAUGCAUUGCUGAAAUAAAUUAUUUAACUAAAUAAAAAUAUAAAAAAAUAUAUAAAUAUUAAAAAAACUUAAGCAAACUACUAAAAUAUAUAUGUUUUUAAUUUCUGCCGCUGAAGAGGAACACUCGUGCGCGAAUUUCUAAACUUUUUCAAUAAAAUAAAAGCACUACAUUAUCUGCGCUGCAAAAUACUUGUUUCGUGUUAUAUGUAUGCAUAUAUAUUUUUGUGUGUAAAUGCAUAUAUCUACUUAAAUAUGUUAUUUCAAGCAAUUUUUAAUAAUAUUUGUUAGAAAUUUGUGCAAAUUUGUGCCUGAGUGUAGCUGAUCAGCGCCAGAUUUUACAUAUGUACACUGUUGCUGUUGUGGGUUAGGCAUUUGAAUGUUUUAUAAAUGAAAUAUAAUAUUUUUAAAUUAAAUAAAAAAUUUUAAAAUAAAACAGUUUAUACAUAUGUAUGUAUAAAAAAAAUA